AUGGAUCACUGUUAUUAUAAUGAAUCUGUGAGCUUCUUCUACAACCACAGUGGAAAGCAGCUGAAUCUACACUGGCAGCCCAAGGAUGUGGUAAUGGUGACUCUGGGGCUUACUGUGAGUGUAGUGGUCCUGCUGACCAACCUGCUUGUCAUAGUGGCUAUCAUUUCCAAUCGGCGGCUACACCAGCCCAUUUAUUAUCUACUAGGGAAUCUAGCUGCAGCUGACCUGUUCGCAGGACUGGCCUACCUGUUCCUCAUGCUGCACACAGGCCCCCGCACAGCCCAACUCUCAGUGAGGGUCUGGUUUGUGCGGCAGGGCCUUCUGGAUGCCAGCCUCAGUGCUUCUGUGGUCAACCUGCUGGCCAUCGCAGUGGAAAGGCACCGGAGUGUCAUGGCAGUGCAGCCACUGAGCCUCCUGCCCCGGGGUAGGGUGCUGUUGCUUAUGGCUGGCAGUUGGGCAGUUGCACUGGGCCUGGCACUUUUGCCCUCCUACUGGAACUGUUUGUGUAACUUGGACCACUGUGCCCGCCUGGCUCCAAUCUACAGCCGCACCUUCCUGACAGCCUGGGCCCUUGGCAACUUGCUGGCCUUCCUGCUUAUGGCAGCUGUCUAUGCACGCAUCUUCCUCUAUGUUCGAGGCUGCAUGAAUCGCAUGUCACAACACGCUGGCUUCCACCCAAGAUACCGUGAGACCACAGUUGCCCUAGUCAAGACAGUGGUCAUCAUUUUGGGGGCAUUUGUGGUCUGCUGGACACCUGGCCAGGUGGUAUUGCUUUUGGAUGGUCUGGGCUGUGACUCCUGCAAUGUCUUAGCUGUGGAAAAGUACUUCCUACUUUUGGCUGAGGCCAACUCGCUGGUUAACCCAGUUGUAUAUUCAUGCCGAGAUGCUGAGAUGCGCAGCACCUUCCGACGUCUCCUCUGUGGCUGUUUGAGGAGUUCUUCCCACCACAUGCCCAGAAAAGGGCCAAGACCUGGAAUGAGGGUCAAUAUUCCUGACAGUGGCCAUCCUCUGGUGGAUUCCUCCCUUUAG